CCCAAUUAGUAAAUAAAUAGAACUAAUCUAACCGACUUGGUGGUGAUUUAUCCAUGUUGGGCGUUAAUCAAUCGACUGCCUUUUUUAAUCUGGUCACUCGGUGACUGUGACAGUUCCGGACAAUGACCAAAGUCAGCUAAUAAUGGCGCGAAUUACCAGUAUCCUGGAUUUGGACCCCAGUUCUAUAUUGUAUAUUCUAAAGCUUUUGAGCUUAGAGGACCAGUUGCACCUGGCGAGGUGCUGUCGAUUCUUCAGGGACGCCUUUCUCCACCUGCACCGCCACCAUUUCCAGGAAGUCGUCGACAAGGACACGAACCUAAGGACUCUGGAGGAUUGGCACACUUUUCUGUGGCUGUGCGGCGGUCGCAUCCGUACCCUGGAAUCCCACUUCGACGAUGACCAUCCACUGCAGCUGCUCCCGCUGAUCAGCAGGCACUGCUACCGACUGGAGGGGAUCUCCAUAUACAAUGCAACUGUGGCCCGAGCGCAGCCGUAUCUGCUGAGGAUGAGUUCCCUCAGGAAAGUGCACGUUCGCAACUACAAGAGCACCAGCAAGGACCUAAUCAGGGCCAUAAGGAUACACCUGCCGCGCGUAACCAGCCUUAGCCUGGAAAGCUUCGAUCGCAGGGAGUUACAAGAAGUGCGGCACUUUAGCGAGAUGGUGGAUCUGGGCUUGUACGACGAGGUCACCGCCUCGGAAUUCGCCACCAUUGUGAAACCCAUGAGGGAGCUGCGUUGCCUCCAGAUGCGCAAUGCCAAGCGCUCUCUGAUCACAAGCAAUCUCAGGAUGCUGGCCACCAACUGCCGCCAGCUGGAAAAGCUGACGUUCAACGACUGCGAAGCUGAUCUGUUGGUCCUGCCGCAGUUUGCGAACCUAAAGUACCUGCAAAUAUACUGCCCGGAGGACCUAAAGACGCGCCUCUUCAAGGCACUGGCAAAGAGCCAGUGCUCCAUGCAGCUGGAGUAUCUCAUCCUGCAUCGCAAGCGUUGGAUUGACGAGAAGCAGGCGCAGUACAUCAGUGCUUUGAAGGAGCUCCGAUGGCUAGUCUGCAAGCCUCGAGACGAUCUCUGCGUUCGCCACUUGUCGGAGUUGAGACAAUUGGAGUGCCUUUCAGUGCAGUCUGCUCGCGAAAUCGGAGAAACGCAACUUUCCUUGCUGGUGGCCAACAACGAGCGGCUGCGGUAUCUAAACAUCUGCUAUUGCCUUGGCAUCACAGACGCCUUUGUUCUGGGCACUCUGGGAAGUCUGUCCAGCCGAGCGGUUCAGCAACCUCUGGAGCUUUUUGCAGCGGCCACUGACAUCAGGCAUGACAUCAUGGAGCGACUGCCUCACGACUUUCCCCUAAAAAUGCUCUGCCUGAACUUUGAAUGCAGCGAUGGAAUGACCAGUGGCAAUCACUUUUAUGCCGACGAGCCGGAAUUCGAUCGCCAAGCUGUUUGAGGCCUUGUUCGUUUCACAACGAAUGUUUCUUUAAACAUUACCAAAAAUCCAAACUAAAUUAAUACAACUUUAUAUACAGCUUUAUUCGUGAUCGUAUCACUUUGAGUGAUAUUCUUUUGUUAUUGCACAACAAUGUAUUCAACUUUUUCACUAUAUAA